UGACACUUUUUUUCUUUUUAAAUGAACAGUUGAAUUCCACUACUUCUUACAAGUUUUUAGCACUUUAUCGGAGACAAUUGUGGGAGAAGAGGAGAAAGACACAGAAGUCAGGUGGGAGAAACAGUUGGAAGGAAGGGAUUGAACCCCCAGUCUCCGGUGGUUAGAACUGAGGGCAGUGUUACCUACCUACCCACCGCCACACCGCAGACUCUGCAUUGACCCAUUGUUUUGGAUGUGAGACUGAGGACUAAUUGCGGAGAAACUGUUACUUGGACGACAUGAUGCAGUCAACGGAACCCACCAUGCUGAUUUUACUACUGACGCUGGGAACCAUGGUCACGUGUAGUUUACAACAGGCACAGAGCUCUAUGAACCGCUGUGAUGAGACCGGACCCGACCAGACCACUACCCCCUGUACGUCGUGUGCUGCCUCCCAGACUCAGCUGUGUCCCAGGGGCUACAAGAAGUACACCACCCAGCCCAUGGAUACCAACACGGGCCAAGGUGGUUGCCAGUACACAGUAACCAUCGCAGGGCAACAGGUGGCGUUGAAUGGCUGCAACCACCAAUGUGAGAGGACUGUCACCAUGCCAAAAUGCUGCGCAGACUUCUGGGGCCCUCUGUGUCUGUCCUGUCCUAGCUGGAAUGGGAGAACCUGUAACUGGCACGGAACCUGCAUGGAUGGAAUAUCAGGGAAUGGGACCUGUGUCUGCAAUGAGGGAUACACGGGCUUUGCCUGCCAGCAGUGUUCCAACAAGAAUUCAUACGGAGACAACUGUAAAUCAGAGUGUGGCUGUGUGAAUGGAGAGUGUAACAACGGUCCUGAUGGGAACGGAGAGUGCUACUGCCAGCCUCCGUACACUGGACCCAGGUGUGAUCAAGUCUCUGCUGCCUGUAAGAACUGCAGUGCCUACUCCCACUGUAAAGGAGUGGUAGAGAACGCCGUGUGUCAAUGUCUUCCUGGGUUUCACAAGACUGGAGACCGUUGCUCAGGUAUUUGUUCAGCUAAGCAGUGUGAUGUGAAUGCGGACUGUUCUUGGCUGGGGGGACGGUUGUUCCAGUGCCAGUGUAAGGCAGGUUACAAGGGGGAUGGCAGGAUGUGUGUUCCCAUCAACCCAUGCGAUGAGGACAACGGAGGCUGCCCUCGCAAUUCCACCGUCUGUGUCUAUACCAGCCCUGGCAAGUCUAGAUGUGAUUGUAUGCAUGGUUGGGAGGGCUCUAACCUGUCCUCCGGCUGUACCCUGAGGAAUGUUUGUAAUGACACCACCUGCCACCCCAACGCCCGCUGUGAGACCGGCCUGGACGGAUACCCCAGGUGCUUGUGUAACGCCCAACAGAUCGGCGAUGGCUACCGUUGUUAUGGCAACCUGAUGGAACGGCUAUUGGAGCUGAACAAGGAGGGGGCACACAAGGGGAGGCUCUCUAGAACCAUCUUGCUAUUUGUGAGAGACUGUAUGCUGACCAUGAGCCAAAAGGGACCUUUCACCGCUUUCGUCCCUCUACUCAUUUUGCCUCUAGCAGGCGUGACCGACGAGUCUGUGUGUCAACGUUACCUGGUGAGGGGUCAGUACCUGUAUAAAAGCCUGGAUAGAACCGACGUCUAUACUGCAAGUGGACUACAACUCAGGUUCAAGCCCAAUAAGCAAUUCAUAUUGGUGAAGUUUCCUGAGACUCUCUACACAGUCAUCCAGCAGGACAUCCCAGCAGCCAAUGGGAUUAUCCAUAUCAUCGACCAGACAAUCAUGCCCAGGAACAUCCUCCCUGACAGCCCAAAGGACGAGCAGUUUGCUGAUAAGACCAUCGGUGAGAUCCUGACAAAGGAUGGGAAAUACAACCGCUUCCUCUCGCUGGUGGACAACUGUGGGACUACUCUGCCUCUGAGAGGUCCUGGUCCCCUCACUGUGUUCGUCCCGACCAACGAUGCUGUGGACAAGUUCAGAGACGGCAGGCUGAUAUAUAUGCUGUUCCAUGCCCAGAACAAACUUCAAGAGCUACUGAAACACCAUAUCUACUCCCAGGCUGCGUUGACCGUGGACCAGCUGGCAGGGAUGGGUAUGAUUCAGACUAUGGCCAAUCAGAUCCUUCUCGUCAACAUCACCAACGAUGGCCAGGUGCUGCUGGGCGGGAAACCUCUUCAGGUUACAAAUAUUAUGGCGUCCAAUGGUGUGAUCCAUAUGAUCGAUGGGAUUCUAGUCCCGCCCUCGAUCGUCCCCAUCCUGCCGAAGAGAUGUGAUGUCACAGAGAACAAAAUCAUCGUGGGCCCGUGUGUGAGGUGCAGCUAUCUCUAUGAAUCCCAUUGCCCCGAGGGAAGCAUAGAACUGCAAAGUCACAUGAAGGAUUGUGACUAUGAGGUAUAUCCUUUCAACCCCACGCUCAAUAAAGGUUGUGCUAAAUACUGCAACACUACUAUUGAGAGAGCAGAGUGCUGCAGUGGGUUCUACGGACCUGAGUGUAAAACAUGUACAGGAGGUUUCCAGACACCCUGUUAUGGUAAAGGCACUUGUUUUGAUGGUAUCCACGGUAACGGGUCGUGUCGCUGCGAAGAGGGCUUCAAGGGGGUCGCCUGUCAUAUCUGUUCCGACCCCAACAAACACGGAGAGAAAUGUGACCAGGACUGCCGCUGUCUCCAUGGUGUUUGCGAUAACCGCCCAGGCAGUAAGGGUGCGUGUAGAGGGGGCUCUUGCCUGGAGGGUUACUCUGGAGACUACUGUGAUAAGGAGGCUAAGGCCUGUAACUCUGAUGGUCUAUCUGAACACUGCCAUGUCCACGCCUUCUGCAUCUUCACCGGCAGCCACACCACGUGUGAGUGUAUGUCGGGGUAUGAAGGAGAUGGACACUCCUGCAUCCUGGUCAACCCCUGCCUGAAGGCUGACAGAGGAGGCUGUGACUUUAACGCCCAGUGUGUGUACUCAGGGCCAGCAAACGUGUCGUGUGUUUGUAACGAGGGCUGGACAGGAGACGGCCUGGUCUGUACUGAGGUGGACAACUGUCUCCUGGAGACCAGAGGUGGCUGCCAUAAGGAUGCAGACUGCAAGUCUCUAGGCCCAGGACAGAGUGAGUGUACCUGUAUGAGGGGUUACAUGGGGGAUGGGACAGUCUGUGAUCUCAUCAACCCUUGUCAGAAAAACAACGGAGGAUGCCAUUCUCUGGCUAAGUGUGAGCCAGUGGAUGGAGAAAACGUAAUCUGUGUCUGUCCAGAAGGGUACGUCGGAGACGGAAUCACAUGCUACGGGAUGAUGCAAGAGGAACUGGAAAUGAAUAUCAAUCUGUAUGGUUUUUACCGCCUGAUACAGAGGACGUCACAGUUUGACCUGAGCGGGAACAUAACGGCUCUGGUGCCUUCCAGGGACGUUGUCCGCAAUCUAACCACCUCCGAGCAGGACUUCUGGUUUAGCCGCUACAGGCUCCCGUACCUUCUAAAAGCCCAUUUCCUCCAGGGGAUAUUCUCCAUAGAGGACCUGGACAAGAAGGUCAACCAGCGGUUACCCACUCUACACUUGCCUACUUCAUGGGAGGUCAAAACUGUUGGUGGGGAAGUUAGGAUAGAGAAUGCAACCAUCCUCACCCCCAACAUCCCUUCUAUCAACGGAUACAUCCACAUCAUUAAUACGGUUCUGUUCCCCCCCUUGUCAGACAUCCCACCAGAACCCCCAGGCCUGAUGCAGUUCCUCAACACCACCCCUACCUUCAGUCUCUUUACACAGGCAGCACUGCUCUACAACCUGACAGAGGAGAUCGGUGUCUACGAUUAUACACUCCUACUUCCAACCGACGCCGCCGUCCGAAAUUACCUGAGCCAGACUAACGCUACACAACUGGGUGAAGAGGUGUUGAAAUACCACGUCAUUCUUCAUGAACAGCUGUUCCCGGAUCAUCUGAGGGAUGGGAUGCUGAAGGACACGUUACUUGGGAAGGCCUACCAGAUCAUGUUCCACCUGGGCAAGAACAAUGAGACUUUGGCCAAUGAUGUUCUGCUGGAUGGGAGCCACAGUGAGACGAGAAACGGAGUGAUCCUGGCCGUUCCCCAAGUCUUACAUGUCCAUAAGAACCGAUGCAUUCAAGACGUGAUCCUGCGGGUCAGAGGGAGGUGCUCAGCCUGUGAUGAAAAACCCAGAUGUUUCCUUAGCUACAAGCCAGCCAUUAGGGAGUACCCUCAGAACAUGAGGUCUAACUGCAAGUACAGGAAGAGGGUAGGAUCUAGGAGGAGGUCCGUGGCUGGCUGCAUUAUUGACUGUUUGAAGACGACGCAGGACCACUCGUGCUGCCCGGGAUACUUUGGUCACUUCUGUUUUAAAUGCCCUGGGGAGCUGGACAACUGGUGCUCAAGGAACGGAAGGUGUAAGGAUGGGAACCUAGGGACUGGGGAGUGUCUUUGCAACGAGGGUUUCCAUGGGACAGCCUGUGAGACCUGCGAACCGGGACGCUACGGCAAGGACUGCAAGUCAGAAUGCAGCUGUGCUCAUGGGAAGUGUCUGGAUGGAGUGACAGGAAACGGGAGGUGUGUCUGCUACAAAGGCUGGAGAGGAGUCAACUGCUCCAAGGAGAUCGUGUCUGACGCCUGUGGCGGAAUCUGUGAUGAUAAUGCAAACUGUAAGGAGACAGACGGUCCUAGAUGCCAGUGUGUUGCAGGCUUCACAGGCAACGGAACCGUCUGCACAGAGGUGAACCUGUGUGCCACUGGGAAUGGAGGCUGCGCUCAGAUUGCCAACUGCACCAAGACUUUACCUGGGGAGAGGACCUGCACCUGUCCAGAAGGAUACACUGGAGACGGGGUGUGGUGUCUAGAGAUAGACGGUUGUUUAGUAAACAACGGUGGAUGUUCCAGAUUAGCAGAGUGCAUCAAAACAGGACCGAACCGGGUUGCCUGUAACUGUUUAUUUGGCUUCUCUGGGAGUGGACAUUUCUGCUACCGGUUCAACCCCUGUCAGACUGACAACGGGGGCUGUGGAAAGUACGCCAGGUGUCGUUAUAUGGGCAACGGAGAGAGGAACUGCUCCUGCAUUGGAGGAAACAUAGGAGAUGGCUUUGACUGCCGUGGCAGAACCCGCACGGAGAUAUUUCGCCAGUCAGAAGCGGCGUUGUACCGUCGCAUAAUGACGGUGUCUGAUGUGAGGAGUCUGUACGGGGAUGGGCCCUUCACUACAUUCAUACCUCCUGCAAACAGCAACUUCUCAAUAGAGGCAUGGGAGUCACAGGGCCGCAGCUCAGACCUGGCUAACUACCACAUGGUGUCCUGUGAGACUCUGAUGCUCUCUGACCUCAAGACCACCUCAAAGGCUGUGGCCGUCUCCGGACACCAGCUCACCUUCAGCCUCAAGGAUGGCUCUGUGUACAUUAAUGAUGAUGCUAGGAUAGUCUCCAGUGAUUAUGUGACAGCUGAUGGUGUGAUCCACUACAUUGACAAGGUCCUCACCCCAUAUGACCUGAAGGAUCAAAAGGCUAUACCAUCCAAGCUUAACUUCACUGAAGCAGGUGAACUAUAUGGAUACAUCAAGUUCAGCAAACUGGUGCAGGAUGCCAACAUGCUGAACCUGGUAGAGAGCUCCAUCCACCAGCCCCUGACCAUGUUGUGGCCAUCUGACGCUGCUCUCAGCUCUCUGUCCGAAGAGAGACAACACUGGCUCUACAGUCUUGAUCACAGGGACAAACUCACAGCCAUCAUCAAAGCUCACAUUAUAAGCAAUAUCAAGAAGAUGACCUUGACGUCGUCCACUACCUACCGGACGAUGCACGGAUCAACCUUCACCUUUAGCUGUAACAAGAAAGUCGUUGGGGACAUCAUGGUGAAUGACAACAUGGCGAGGAUCCUGGACCGUUUCAUGCUGUUUAACGGGGGCGUCGCGUAUGGCAUCGACCAGCUACUGGAACCUCCCGGUCUGGGUGCACACUGUGAUGGACUGGAGGACAGGACUAUAUACAGUCGAUGUGGAAGCUGCUUGAGUCCCCGCCUCUGUCCCCAUGGAACUGAAGAUACGGGCAAGACUGAGGUCUGCAACUUCAUCAACCCCUACUCUAUGCUCUACCCUCGACGCCACAAUGUGAUGUAUGACCAUGACUUCAGCCUCUACCCCUCUAUGUCGAGGCACCACAUGGGCCAGAGGAUGGGCUGUAAAAGGAUGUGUAAGAGUCAAGCCUGGGUCAUGAGCUGCUGUAAGAACCACUAUGGAAGAGAUUGCCAAGUGUGUUCUGGUGGGUUGGAGGCACCCUGUGGAGAUCACGGGGAUUGUGAUGAUGGCCGGCUGGGUUCUGGACGGUGCCGGUGCCACGAUGGCUUCAGAGGAAUAGCCUGUGAGCUGUGUGAACUCAAACGCUAUGGAACCAAUUGUACAGCGUGUAACUGCACAGAUCAGGGCCAGUGUGAGGAGGGGAUGGAGGGAGAUGGGAGCUGUUCCUGUACCGAGGGCUGGACUGGAGACCGCUGCCACCUCAAAAUAGAGAAGAAGCUGGUGUGUUCUCCAGAAUGCCAUAGCAACGCUGUGUGUCUGCCCGAAAACAUCUGUCUCUGUCAGUCACAGUAUGUGGGGGACGGCUUGAACUGCACUGCUCCUGAUAUGUGUGCGGAGUACAACGGGGGCUGCCACGAGCACGCAGCCUGUCUCCAGACAGACCUGCAGGUCAACUGUACAUGUCUGUCUGGCUACGAGGGUGACGGCUCUGUCUGCUCACCUAUCAACAGGUGCGUCGCAGAGACCAACGGAGGAUGCAGUGACUUCGCUACCUGCCUGUUCACAGGGCCUAAUGAGCGUCAGUGCGAGUGUCUUGAUGGGUACGUGGGGAACGGGCUACAGUGUCUGGAGAAGUUGGUCCCACCCGUCGAUCGCUGUCUAGAGGAGAACGGAGGAUGUGACCCCCAGGCCACGUGCAAGGACCUGCACUACCACAGUAACACUGCUGGAGUGUUCCCCAUGCGUUCCAGUGGAGGGAAGUACCAGCUGAACUACACAGAUGCUGAGCUAGCCUGUCAAGCCGAGGGGGCUUCGCUCGCCACCUUCUCUCAGAUGGCUGAUGCACAACAGCUGGGAAUGCACCUAUGUGUUGCUGGAUGGAUACAAGGGAAGAAAGUGGGCUAUCCAACCAGGUUUCCAUCGGUCAAGUGUGGUGACAACCAUGUUGGUAUAGUGCUAUACAAAGACCCUGUGGACCCCAGCAGCAAAUACGACGCCUUCUGUUACAGACAGUCAGAUGUGUCCUGUGUGUGUGGAAGUGGGUACGUAGGAAACGGGGACUUCUGUAACGGAGACUUGGCCAGUGUUGUGGCUACCAACUUAAACUACUCUGUAUUCUACAAUAUAUUGCUGAAGUAUGCAAGCGCGUCUACAGAGGGAGAAGUUCUGUUGGACUUUCUGUCCAGCAGUUCAUCCUAUGCCACUCUGUUUGUGCCACUCAACGCUGGGUUCUCUGAGAAUGAGACGUUAUCAGACCGAGAUGUGGAAUACCAUAUUUCCACUAACAACAGCAUCACGUUCUACGAGGACCUGAAACACGAUGGAGUAAUCCCAUCCAGACUGGGAUAUAACCUCUCAGUGGCCAUUUCUCCCAGCAACACCACACAGCAGAACCAGGAGCCCCAGACGUUAAAGCUAGUGAACCAGAGGCUAGUGUUGACCUGGGACAUCCCAGCAUACAAUGGAAUUAUCCAUGUCAUAGAGGGCCCACUCAGAGCCCCGCCACUACCGGUGCACCAUGCCCAGUCAUCAGGCCACGCCCACGGGGGCGGGACUGUGGCCACCUCCAUCCUGGUCACCUGUCUGAUAGUCUGCGUCAUCGCUGGCCUCACCUAUUACGUCUUCAAACACAAGAACGACGCCUUCCGCUUCCAUUACUUUAAGAAUGAAGAGGAGGGGGAUAAGCCUGCUCUGGUGUCUAUUCCCAACCCGCUCUACAGCGGUUACAGGGCCUUCAACCAACCCUUUGGUAUCAAUGAACAAUGUGAAGAAGCUGAAACAACAGCAGCAGCAGAACCAGCAGAACAAGUUCCUCAACUACUGGAUUUAUGAGAACAAUAACAACAUUAUGUGGGCGCUAAGGAAGGGUUGGAGUGAAUUGACUUUCUGCAUUUGAACAAACUAUGCUGGGAAUGUGUAAAUAAAAUAUGACCUAGGUCUAUAUUUUCCAAAGACAAUGGCUGGGAUUCAAUCCGAAAAAAUGCUGUCUGUGCUUUUCAAAAAGUGGAGAUGGCAUUACUGGCAAACACUAUUAGAAUUUACCUUAAAAUGUCAAACUUGUUCAAACCCGCGCAUUGUCAGCUGUCCUAUGCGCUGCUCUAUUACAUGCUUUGAAUUUAAUCCUGGCCUAAACUCGGCGGUAGGUCUGUUUUCACCUUCCAAAAUGUUAAGGGACUAGGCUGUUCAGAACUGGAUUGAAGACGCGACCCUCCACAGAAACAACACUGAUGCAAAAUGUCAGGCAUGUUUAUAUGACACUGUAUUAAAAUAUUCCUUCUAUGCA